CUGCUUUGGAGCUGAAUGUCUGCAGAACAACCCCAGACAGCCUCUGCUCCACACAGGUCUGGCGAUGCCGCGGGCAGCCCGCACCCGGCGCCGGCGGGCCCUCGAGGCGGCAGCGAGGCGCGGGCCGCUUGCAUGAGGCCCCCCGCGCCGCUGCGCGACGUGCGCCUGGACGUGCCGCCGGCUGCGAGCGCGGCCGCCGCCGCCGCCAUGGGCGCGAGCGCGGGCGGGGCCCUGACGCCCGAGCGCCUGCGCCUGCCAAUCUGCUUCCUCGGCGUCUUCGCCUGCUACUUCUACUACGGCAUCCUGCAGGAGAGCAUAACGCGAGGGAAGUACGGGGAGGGCGCCCAGCAGGAGACGUUCAAGUACGCGCUGUCCUUGGUCUUCAUCCAGUGUGUGAUCAACGCCGUCUUCGCCCGGCUGCUGAUCCAGUUCUUUGACACUGUCAGAGCGGAUCGGACUCGGAACUGGCUGUAUGCAGCUUGCUCCCUCUCCUAUCUGGGCGCUAUGGUUUCCAGCAACUCAGCUCUGCAAUUCGUCAAUUAUCCAACUCAGGUUUUAGGCAAGUCCUGCAAACCCAUCCCAGUCAUGCUUCUAGGCGUGACUGUGCUGAGGAAGAAGUACCCACUAGCCAAAUAUCUCUGCGUCCUGCUGAUAGUCACAGGUGUGGCCCUGUUCAUGUACAAGCCUAAAAAAGGAAGUGCGAGUGCUGAUGACCACAUCUUUGGCUAUGGAGAACUCCUCCUGCUGCUGUCACUGACGUUGGAUGGACUGACUGGGGUGUCACAGGACCAUAUGAGAGCUCAUUACCAGACUGGUUCCAACCACAUGAUGCUAAAUGUUAAUCUGUGGUCCACACUGUUCCUUGGUGCUGGGAUCUUGUUCACGGGAGAGCUUUGGGAGUUCCUGAGUUUUGCAGAACGUUAUCCCAGCAUCCUCUACAACAUCCUGCUGUUUGGCCUGACAAGUGCACUGGGUCAGAGUUUCAUCUUCAUGACUGUAGUAUACUUUGGACCUUUGACUUGUUCCAUCAUUACCACAACCCGCAAAUUCUUCACCAUUUUAGCCUCUGUCAUUCUGUUUGCCAACCCAAUCAGUACAAUGCAGUGGGUAGGGACUAUCCUAGUAUUUUUGGGUCUUGGACUUGAUGCCAAAUUUGGGAAAGGAACAAAGAAGACAUCACAUUAGGAAGACCUGUGAGCUCUACAGUUGGAAGGAACUUUUAAUUUAUUGUCUUGUACCUCAGCAUCUGUUAUGAAACUGGACUCACUCCGGGUGCUUGAAAUGGAUUUUUUUUAAUUAUGAACUGUUUUACAGUGUGUAACAUUUUAGUUUUAACAAUAAUCAAGAGUUUAACUUUUUUUUCUGUAAUCAAAGCUGCAUCAAUGGAUCCCUGCAGCAGGGAGAAAUUCUUGCCUUAAAGGGAGACACAUUUUACCUUUAUUAAAGGAAAAGGAAACAA